CCCCUAUCCCCUUCCCCAUCGCCAAAACCUCUCCCUCUCUCUCAUCAGUCUCUGCAACCUCAAUCUCUCUCAUGGCCUUCACUUUCCUCUCAAUCCCCCACUUUCUCUCUCCUCAACCCCACUUUCUCUCUCUAAGACCCAAUUUCACCUCCCUCAAACCCUCAAUUCCCUCCCUUUCCACCCGGCCGAUUAAGCCCACCCACGCAAUCGGGCCGGACGGCAAAUACUACCCGGACCCGGCCGACGACGACCCGCCGGAAGCCCCGGAAGACUCGGGCCACGGAGUGUCCAAGUUCCAGCAAAUCCAGCGGCAGGCCUCGCGGCACCGCAAGCUCCAAGAGGAAGACUACUUAAAGCACCAGGACACCUUCCUCAACGCCAUUGCUGACGUGGAGGACGCGCCGGAGAAUCCCAAUUCCGUAGUCAACGACAACUCCGGGGACGAUUUGUUUGGCGACAUCGACCAGGCGAUUGCCUUGAAACGCAAGGAGUUUGUGAAGCAGGGGCUUCUGAAGCCAAACCCUAAGAAAGAGAUUGUGGCGGUUGACGAAUUGGACCCUGAGGAGGUAGUGGAUUUGGAGGAGAUUGAGGAGCUUCAGGGGAUUAGGGUUGUUGGCGAGGACGAAGAGGAAGACGGGCCGGAGAAAUUCGAUCCCAAGGUCAGUGAUUUGGAUGGUAAAGAUGGGAUUUUGCGUUUGAAUUCUGAAUUUGAUUUGGAUUUUGAUAAUUAUGGUAAAACUAGGGCUAGGAUUGUGGAACCUAAGUUUAAAAUGAGCUUGGCUGAGCUUUUGGAUGAGAGUAAAGUGGUACCCGUGUCGGUUUAUGGUGACUUAGAGGUUGAGAUUACAGGAAUUCAACACGAUUCGAGGGUGGUUAAUGCCGGUGAUUUGUUUGUGUGCUGUGUUGGGAGCAAGACCGACGGGCAUUUGUAUUUGAGUGAGGCUAUUAAGAGAGGUGCGGUGGCUGUUGUAGCGAGUAAAGAGAUAUACAUGGAGGAAAGUCUGGGGUGUAAGGCAUUGGUCAUUGUGGAAGAUACAAAUGCGGAUUUACCUGCAUUGGCUGCGUCGUUUUAUCGGUACCCGUCGAAGAAUAUGGCGGUGAUUGGGAUAACGGGAACAAAUGGGAAGACCACAACUGCAUAUUUGAUAAAGGGUAUGUAUGAAGCGAUGGGAUUGAGGACCGGUAUGUUGAGUACAGUUGCAUAUUACGUGCAUGGGGAUAAUAAGUUGGAGUCACCUAACACGACCCCGGAUGCUGUUUUGGUUCAAAAUUUGAUGGCUAAGAUGCUCCAUAAUGGGGCUGAAGCCGUUGUCAUGGAGGCUUCUUCUCAUGGUCUUGCUCUAUCCAGGUGCGAUGAAGUUGACUUUGACAUAGCAGUUUUCACAAAUUUAACGAGAGACCAUCUGGAUUUUCACAAGACUGAGGAGGAGUAUAGGGAUGCAAAGGCUAAGUUGUUUUCAAGGAUGGUGGAUCCGGAACGGCACAGGAAAGUUGUGAACAUUGAUGAUCCGAAUGCAACCUUCUUUAUUGCACAAGGCAACCCAGAUGUUCCAGUUGUGACCUUUGCCAUGGAGAAUACGAAUGCAGACGUUCACCCCUUGAAGUUUGAACUUUCCUUGUUUGAGACACAGGUUUUAGUCAAUACUCCAAAUGGUAUAUUGGAGAUAUCAUCAGGCUUACUUGGAAGACAUAAUAUAUACAAUAUACUGGCUGCUGUGGCUGUUGGGAUUGCAGUCGGAGCACCAUUGGAGGAUAUCGUUAGAGGAAUUGAAGAGGUUGAUGCAGUUCCAGGGAGGUGUGAAUUAAUAGAUGAGGAACAGGCCUUUGGAGUAAUUGUGGACUAUGCUCAUACUCCUGAUGCCUUGUCUAGGCUAUUGGAUUCUGUAAGGGAGCUUGGUUCAAGGAGGAUUAUUACUGUAAUUGGUUGUCCUGGAGAGAGUGACAGAGGGAAAAGACCCAUGAUGACGAAGAUUGCAACAGAUAAAAGUGACGUGACCAUACUGACGUCUGACAAUCCAAAGAAUGAAGAUCCAUUGGACAUCUUGGAUGAUAUGUUGGCUGGUGUAGGAUGGACAAUGCAAGAUUACUUAAAACACGGGGAGAACGAUUACUACCCACCUCUUGCAAAUGGUCAUAGGCUUUUCCUUCAUGAUAUUAGACGAGUAGCUGUACGUUGUGCUGUUGCCAUGGGCGAGGAAGGUGAUAUGGUUGUGGUUGCUGGCAAAGGGCAUGAAGCAUAUCAGAUCGAAGGUGACAAAAAAGAGUUCUUUGAUGACCGGGAAGAGUGCCGAGAGGCAUUACAGUACGUUGAUGAGCUUCACCAAGCUGGAAUAGACACAAGUGAAUUUCCAUGGAGGUUACCUGAAAGUCAUUGAUCUUUUAUAAAAGGAGUACAUUUUGCUAAGGCGAACGGAAGUAUACUUCCACGUUGUUUUGACGUACAAUAGGAGAUACUUUAUCUAGAAUGCAUGUGACCAAGUGUGUAUCAACCUUUGUCUGGUCAAGUCAACGAUAUACAUUAUAUGCGAAGGCAGUCGAUAACAGCUUCUUGGUUACUAAGACUGGUUGGUGAGGAGUUGGUCUUUUGAGGCAGUGUUGUUUUGGAGAAAGCUGAAAAAUUUUAACCCUAGAAAGGUUAUUAGGUGACACAAUUUUUGUAAGGCUAUGCUUGUGUAGAAUGUAGAAUGUACUCGUAGCUGAGAUCCUGGAUUUGCCAAUGUCACAAUUUAAAUUAACCCAAUUGAUUGGUCCUGUUAGCUCUC